AAAAAGAAGUGGCAAAGUAAACUCUCCUUAUCCUCCUCCACUUACUUACACCUCUCCUUCUACAUUUACAUAAUCCAUACGUUUUUAUAUGCAAAUUCCAUCAACCCAAUCGCUAUUUUUCAAAUGAAGAAAGUUUCAACAACUGCAUGUUCUUUUGCUUUCUUUUUUUGCUUUUUAGUUUGGAGUGUAACAGGUCGGUUUUUACAAUAUGAUGAUGGUGAGCAAGUUUCUGAUGGUGUCCACAACCAUGGAGAUAAACAUGAACAAUCUUUCUUUCUUCGAUUCUUGGGAUUUAGUGACUCUGAGGAGUAUUGUGAGCAGAUGUAUGGAUUUCUGCCAUGUUCAAGGAAUCUUCCAGGUCAUUUGUUUCUUAUUGUGGUAUACGAGUACCUGUUAUAUCAUGGCGAAUCCUAUGCUGGUGGCGAUGGAAGGAUUUUCGGUGUUCUUGGGAAUAACUUCUUUGGUGCAAGUGUUUUCCAGCUUCUUGAUUCCCUCCCGGAUUCUUUAAUCCUUCUUGCAUCUGGACUCUCGAGUAGUAAAGAAAAAGCUCAAGAAUAUGUUGUAACGGGUGCUGGAUUGUUAGCUGGAUCUUCAGUGAUGCUUCUCACUCUUCUAUGGGGAGUAUGCUUCAUAUGUGGUAGAACAAAAUUCUAUGUAAAACCCGGUUCUAAAGUGAAAAAUAAAGUUAUGCAACUAUUAACAGGUUCUGGUGUUGUUACAGAUGCAGAAACGAGUUAUCAUGCGAAAGUUAUGUUUUUUUCAUUGAUACCAUUUGUAGUCAUGCUAUUACCGAGUGUGUUUGGUUUAUCGUAUUCUGGUGGAGGAUACAGGAUUGUUGUUCUUGUGUCACUUUGUGUCGCAGUUGUUUGCUUAUUCUCAUACUUCAUCUAUCAGCUUUUUGAUUCCCGGAUUCAGACAAGAAGACUCGAGUAUGCAGAAGUUGAAAGAAAAGUUGAGUUGCAAGUACCUUUCUAUGAAGUACAAGCACUUAUGCUCGAUAGAGAGAAGCAUCUCAUGCUUAGGCAAAAGGAAAUGGAGAAAAUGAUGAAAUAUCCUGAUGCGAGUGGGAAAAUAACAAUGACAAGGGAUGAAUUCUAUAGCACGUUUGAAGAUUGGCUUGAUGUUACGAGACAAUUGAUGGAUGAUCCACAUUCGUUGGAUAAAUCAGGGUCAGAGUACAAUCAGGUUGCGGAAUUGUUGCUUGAAGAUAAAAACAAAUUGAUAGAGCUAAUAUCCAUUAUGAUGGAACGUGCUUCGGGACAGAAAUUACUUAAAGAAGAUGGAGGACGAGAUGAAUCGGCAAUAGCUAGAUUCUAUGAACGCAUUGAUACCAAUCACGAUGGAUUUAUCACACGGGAUGAACUGAAAAACUUUAUUAUGGAAAUGAACUACGAGGAGAUACUGAUGGAUGACGAGAUAGCUGAGAUCAUAAUGAGACAUUUGGACAUUGAUGGAAAUGGUAACAUCGAUAAACAAGAAUUCCAAUCUGGGGUUACAAAAUGGCUCAAAGAGAUGGAUCAUGUAGCUUCACGUAACCAAAAAAAGCAGUCACGUAAUAAGAACCUAGAAAAAGAUAGGUACCAACGUGAGGAGGCAAAGGCGAAAGCAAACGAGAAGUUUAAGGCAAUAGCACUUUUGAUCAUUGGAAUCUUUAUGCUAACAGUCUUGGCUGAGCCUUUGGUAGAAAGUGUCCGAAAGUUUUCAGAAUCUAUAAAGAUAGAGGCUUUUUAUGUAUCUUUCAUCUUAGUACCAUUGGCUACAAAUGCUAGAACAGCCAUUGCAGCGAUUAGAGCUGCGAGUCAGAAAAGACAUCUAACAACAUCUUUAACUUUCUCUGAGAUAUACCACAAAGUUUUCAUGAACAACAUCCUUGGCUUUUGUGUUCUUGUCUCGGUUAUAUACUUUCGGGGCUUGACAUGGCAUUUCUCAGCUGAGAUUCUGGUUGUGAUAAUCGUUUGCGUCAUAAUUGGGCUUCUUGCAAGUUUCAGAUCCAAGUUUCCAAUGUGGACAUUGUUCAUCGCAUUCCCCCUCUAUCCACUUUCUUUGGUCGUGGUUUACCUUCUGGACGAUACUUUCCGCUUUACAUGAAUCUUGAACUAGAAUUCGCAUAAAACAUGGUUGAUCCGAUGGUUAAACGCUUAAGCAUAGGAGGGAGAUGAUUUUCAACCUUGUUAUUUCGAAUUACACACUAGGACGCUUUCUAUUUUUGCAUAAAUAGGACCACGAAACCUUUGUAUUAGUAAGGACGUUUUAAACUUAUUGGUAAAAAUGAGGUUAUUUUAAAAUUGGAUCCCACCAACGUAUAUAAAAUUCGUA